ACUUCUCUCUUUCAUAUCUUUUAGGUCAAUGCUUUCCUUUCCUUCAUCUUUCCCAUGAUUGUAAUCACCGUUCUCAACACCAUCAUAGCCAACCAGCUGAUCAUUAUGGUCAAACAGGCUCACCAGGAAAACCAAGUGUGCACCAUCGGUGGACAGCAGACGGUCCUCAGUAUGUCCAUGGAACCCAGCCGUAUCCAGUCCCUAAAGCACGGGGUCCGAGUCCUUCGCGUGGUAGUCAUAGCGUUUGUUGUCUGCUGGCUCCCAUAUCACGUGCGGCGACUGAUGUUUUGUUACAUCCCGGAGGAGCUCUGGACAGACGAACUCAAUGAUUUCUACCACUACUUCUACAUGCUAACCAACGUCCUCUUCUACGUCAGCUCCACCGUCAACCCGAUCCUUUAUAAUCUGGUGUCGGCAAACUUUCGGCAGAUCUUUGUCUCCACUCUAAGUUUUUUAUGCCCACCAUGGAGAAGAAAGAAACAGCACCCGGGUUUUUCCAGGAAGUCCAACAGCAUCUCCAGCACCAACCAUACAUUUUCCACCCAAGUCACCAGGGAAACUCCAUACUGAAAACAAUGAGAUAAGUCAUCCAGCACUU